AUGGCGGAGCCCAGCACGAAGAAGACGAAACGACGCCGUAUCAGGAGGCUCAGGGAAGGGGAAGGGGAAGGGGAAGGGGGGGAGCAGUCUGAGCGGCCGAAGCUGGACGAUGGGUUCUACGAAAUCGAGGCCAUUAGGAGGAGGAGGGUUCGCAAGGGUCAGCUUCAGUACCUCAUCAAAUGGCGGGGUUGGCCUGAGAACGCCAACACUUGGGAGCCCUUGGAGAAUCUUCAGGCCUGUUCGGAUGUCAUUGAUGCUUUUGAAGAUAGGCUGAGAUCUAAGAGAAAUAGGUCUUCUCGGAAGCGCAAGCGCAAGUCUGGAGGUAGUGCUCAAACCCUUCCCAAGAAGAAACAGCAGCGUUCUGGUGCUAGUAAUGUAAGGGGUGUGCAUUUUCGUAUCAAUGAUGAGCAUCUUCUAUCUACGCAUGUCAACACUUUGGGUCAUGCUGAUAUUGAGGGGGUUAAUGGGGCUGUCAACAAUGUGGAAAUGACCAAGGAAAGCAAUGAAAAUGGGUCUGGAGAUGUUUCCCUUCAAAUUCCACAGAGGGAGGAGGACAACGAUUCAGAUCCGAAGCUUAUAGAGCUUAGAGGGUCCAAUGAAGGCAAUGCCAAUAAAUUCAAAAUACAAUUCCAAGAGGUCAAGGCUUUGGAAGGUGAUUGCCCCAUGAAUGGGCAUUCCAAGGUUGAACGUGUUGAAAUGGAUCAAAGCAGUCGCCGCACAGGAGCUAGACGGAGAAAAUCUGGUUCUGUGAAAAGGUUCACGAAAGAUCUUGCCCCGUGUGAACCAAAUGACAUACAGAAUACAGCAACAAGAAUUCAAAUUGGUUCAUGUGGUAGAGUUGAAAGCCCUGAAUUUCCAGGGAAUGAUUCGGGCCUCAAUAACAAAUUUGAUGGUGCCAUAAAUAUGUCUGCUAUCACUGAGAUCAUCAAGCCUAUAAGCUAUUCUGCCUCCAUAUCAAAUGAUGCCCAGGAUGUGUCAGUCACCUUUAUGGCCAUGAGGUCUGAUGGAAAAGAGGUGAUGGUGGAUAACAAAUUUCUCAAGGCUAACAAUCCACUUCUGUUAAUCAACUUUUACGAACAACAUCUCCGUUACAGUCCUACAACUUGACUGGAAAAUAUGUAGUUAUGGACAGCAUGAGCAUAUGUAGCUGGAGCCACGUCAUCUUUGCUUUUCUCCUUAUGCUGUGUUGGAAUUUUGUAGUUGCAAGUGAUAGUGCAGGACAACCAGUUCAAACUUUCUUGGGUGGGUGGUAAAUAUUGCAAGGCUGAGUCGAAUAGCAGGAGGCCAUGUCUUUCUUUUUCUUCUUGUUUGUGGGUGUUGGUGAUUAGUAUGAAUAGCUACUUAGCGAUGAGAAAGUCUUGUUCACAACUUUAACUUCUGGUACGUGUUUGACCUUUUGUCCCUAAUGACAAGACUCUCUUUUAAGCUUCUUUGCUCCUUGGUUU